GUCAGGCUGGGGUGGGUGGAGUGGCAACCAAACACGCACCAAACGUUCGCUCGCUGGAGGCCGGAAAAAAAGGCGAUCAGUUCCGCUUCUCCACGACCAUCGGUCGCCGCAGCCAUAGCCGUUCACCACCGCCGCCGCCGCCGCCGCCGCCUCUACUCUACUCCCAUAAAACAAAAGCGUCCCCAGAAGCCAAACCUUUCGCUUCGACCCGCGGCGCCCUAGAAAAGCCGAACCCAACCCUAACCCUAGCCCGAGGGCUCCUCGCCGGUGUCGGCGAUGGAGAUUACUGAGUCGGAGCCGGCACCGGAGCUUCCCGCGGAGGAGGAGAUGGCGCUCAUCCGAGAUAUCACCGCCGCCGCGGAGGCCCACGCCAAGGAGGGUGACAUCUUCUUCCUCAUCACAAACAGGUCCCCUGCCCGCUUCCUUCUCCUGCUUCUCGAUCCGGUCUCGGGUUCAGCCGUCUGUCUCGCGCUUUGUUUUGAGGGACGCAGUGCGCAAGGGUGGAUACUGUUUCUUUUAGAUUCACUUGCUGCUAUUGUUUGGGUGGACGGAAGGUCCUUACGGAGAGCGAUUUGAGGUAAUAUUGGAUGAGGACAGGAGCUGGAUUUGGUGAUUCUUACCGGUGCUAGUUGCUGCUGGAUUUAUCCGUCUACGUGCAUAGCUGCUGCAGAUUCGAGGGAGGCGCUCCUUGCUUUUAGUGCUACUGGCAGGAUUUUUAGUCUGGUGCUGGUGUCUAUAGUGUGCAAGAUUGGUAGUUUGAACAUUUUAUGACCUGGCAAUCCGUUGUGAGUUGGUUCAUUUUAUUACCUUUUCAAUCUUGGCCAGCAUCCAAUUUUUUGCGCUAGCUAUCUUCUGACCUGUUGUCAUGUUAUUCCGACAUUUGUUCAGUACUCCUAUAGUUUAGGCUGCUUGUAAGAUGCCUAUAUAACAUAUGCGAUUAUACCCUUGCUGAAUGACAGGUAGCUUCUGACAACUUUCAUUCUGAUAUACAAUUGCUUUAGCUGUUCCUUUGAUUUGCGUGUUAUGUACUCCCUCCGUCCCAAAGUUCUUGUCUUAGAUUUGUCUAGAUACAGAUGUGGAUGUAUCUAACACUAACUUGAUACAUCCAUAUCUAGAUAAAUCUAAGACAAGAACUUUGGGAUGGAGGUAAUACCUGUACAGUGUAGAUAUAUGUCACCGAAACUAUGUUUCUGUAGGCAUCAUCUGAAAUACAGAUUUACUUACAUAGCAUUCACAUCUUAUGUUUGACUGAUCCUGACCUGCUGUGUCAUUUUUGUAUUCUUCUUUUGGAUCUUAGACAUAUAUGUUUCUUGGUUGACUCAAAUAGGUGGUGGCAAAGUUGGAUUGACUAUGUUAUUCAUGAUUUGGCUGGUGUACCAAGUAAUGGUUCUCAUCAUCAUGAGUUCGGUUCAAAUACUCCUAGAAGGCCAGGAGCUAUUGACAAUACAAAUUUGUUGGAUGACAUGGCAUCUGAAGUCUCCGACAUACAGAUUGAGCUACAUGAUACUUUGGUUGAAGGCCGUGAUUAUAUAUUGCUCCCUCAGCAAGUCUGGGAAAAACUGCAUAGUUGACCGAUUGUUUGGAAGCGACAUAUCUCAUAGCCUGUGGUGGAUAACCAUCCGACAAAAAGAAGUUGAAAUCUUCUCUGGCAAGGGGAGCUUCCAUUUUUUCGUUUGCUUGCUUGACAGAGUAAACUUUGAAAUCUUGUUCGUAUUAACUUAGCUUAACCUUUUCAUUUUGAUCAAAACCCGUUAACAGGUAUGGUGGAGGGCCAACACUACCAAGAAAGGCAAUCAAUACUGGCUUGUCUCAAACUGAUCUAGCCAUAGAAGUUUAUCCUCUACGUCUGCAGUUACUUCUGAUGCCGAAAGGAGAGCAAGCUGUAGUAAGGAUAAGCAAGAGGGUUACAGUUGAUGAGCUCCGUAAGAAGGCGUGUGAGGUUUUUGAUUUGGUACCAGAUGAGGUGUGCAUCUGGGACUACUAUGGUCGAACAAAGCAUGCUUUGAUGGAUAACUUGGAGAAAACUCUUGAUGAUGCCAACAUUCAAAUGGAUCAAGAUAUUCUCGUUGAAGUCACCACUGAUGCAAAUGGUAGUUUGGAUGGUGCGUGCAUGAGUUCAAUCCAAGAAGAUUAUUUUGGAAGCACAUCAACUUAUUUGAUGACAAAUGCUUCAAAAUCAGGAUGCUUGAAUGAGAAUUUAGCAUCACUCUGUUAUGGUUCCAGAAGCUACAGCUCGAGUCUCAUGCAAAGCCAGUACCUGCGCUCUUCCAGUGGUGACUUGGAUAAUGUUCCUGGUACUGUUGGUAUGACCACCAGGGGAUCUCCGUCAGGUCUUACUGGGCUACUUAACUUGGGAAACACAUGUUUCAUGAACAGUGCUGUACAAUGUCUUGUGCACACACCAGAGUUUGCUAGAUAUUUUCGUGAAGAUUACCACUGUGAAAUUAAUUGGCACAAUCCUCUGGGUAUGGUGGGUGAACUUGCAUUAGCUUUUGGAGAGCUACUGAGAAAACUUUGGGCUCCUAGCCGUACGCCAGUGUCUCCACGACCAUUCAAAACAAAGUUGUCUCGGUUUGCACCUCAGUUCAGUGGAUACAACCAACACGAUUCACAGGAGCUGUUGGCAUUCCUCCUGGAUGGACUGCAUGAAGACUUGAACCGUGUGAAACAUAGACCUUACUUAAAAUCCAAAGAUGCUGAGGGACGAUCAGAUGAAGAGGUUGCUGAUGAGUAUUGGGCAAAUCACAUUGCCAGAAACGAUUCUAUCAUUGUUGAUGUAUGCCAGGGGCAGUACAAGUCAACUUUGGUCUGUCCAGUAUGUGGAAAGGUUUCAGUGACAUUUGACCCAUUCAUGUAUCUUUCCUUACCUCUACAAUUUGCUUCAACACGGAGCAUGACUGUUGUCGUUUUCACUUGUGAUGGGAGUGCUCCACCAAUACCAUACACUGUAAGUGUACCCAAGCAAGGUAGGUGCAGGGACCUUAUCCAAGCACUCAGCAACGCAUGCUCGCUUAGGAAUGAAGAGAGACUUCUAAUCGCCGAGAUACGUAGUCAUAGGAUCCAUCUUAUUCUCGAGGAUCCAGUGCUCCAGCUUUCUACAAUUAAAGAUGAUGAUCACCUGGCAGUUUAUAGGCUUCCAAGAUUGGAAAAAAGGGCAAGUUAUGUUCAAUUUGUUCAUCGCCGUGAAGACUUGGACCUUGGAAACAAUAGCAGCUCAACCUCUUGGAAGCCAUAUGGUGUUCCUCUUCUUGCACAAAUAUCUCGCAAUGAAACUGUCACCGGUUCUGAUAUCCAUGAGAUGGCCCGUAAAAUGCUUGUGCCCAUGUUCAGAAAUCAUGUGGCACAACAUUCGGCAGUUCAAAGUUCUCUUUCCACAAGAACACAAAGCUAUCACACCGACAGCAGCAAAUUUCAGCUACAGUUGAUUGAUGAUAGCAACACAGUGAUUGAGCAAACUGAUUAUGCUAUCAGGGUUCCGCAGUCUUCGGUUGCAACUGUUAUUUUUGUCAACUGGUCCAAGUUAGAUCUUAAAAAGUUGAACACUAACCAUUUGGAGCACCUUCCAGAGGUGUUUAAGUAUGCUCCUCCCGCCAAGAGAACCCGUGGUGAACCUCUCUCACUCUAUGCAUGCUUGGAUGCUUUCUUGAGAGAAGAACCACUUGUUCCUGAAGAAAUGUGGUACUGUCCGAGGUGCAAGGAGCAAAGGCAAGCUAGUAAAAAGCUUGAUUUAUGGAGACUACCAGAAGUGUUAGUUAUUCAUUUGAAGAGAUUUUCAUUUAGUAGGUCAACUAAACAUAAGCUGGAAACUUUUGUUAAUUUCCCAAUACAUGACUUGGAUUUGACAAACUAUAUUGCUAACAAGAUACCUCAGCGUCAAACUUAUGAGCUGUAUGCUGUUAGCAAUCAUUAUGGCAGCAUGGCGAGUGGGCAUUAUACUGCUUACAUAAAGCUCUUGGAUGAGAACAGGUGGUACAAUUUUGAUGAUAGCCAUGUUUCUGCCAUCAAUGAGGAAGAAGUGAAGUCAGGUGCAGCUUACGUGCUGUUCUACAGAAGAGUUGGAGAAGCAGAUGGAGCAGCAAGCAAUGGAACCCAGUCAUGUGUGAAACGAAGCCGCAGAUCUAGCCAAAGAUAAUCUGAGUUGUUGCAUAGCUUCGCAAGUUUA